AUGUCGCUGUCCUUGAUGAUUCACAGACAACCAUGGUCUGCAAGUCUUGGAACCCUCCUCGGUGCUCUCGGCGGGAAGAAACACCUUCCAAACAGACCGGCCCAGACAACCUCUAGGAUCCCGAUGCCUUGGUUCUCCGACCCUAUUACGGUCCCCGGCAGCAGUACACGAGAUGCAAAUCACAGAAUCCUUGCUGGUCGCGUGGUCCAUGCUAUAGUAUAUGCUCUAGAGAAGCCACUUUGUUCUACCAGCCCUUCUCGUAACGAGGAUUCUGAGACACSCACCCUUUUUCGGCGAUCGAAACUUCAUCACCAUUUGUCCCCAUGUACCCACAGCACCUUGCGUGCAUCGGAGUACAACCAGACUAGCAAGGGCUACUGGUUGGUGAAACUCUACAUAUCUACCGUCACUAUUGAUUGGUUUAGUUCGAGGUGA